AUGGUCCAAUCACUUGUUCCAAAAAGCCAGUGGCAUAGAGACCGCCGCGGGGAUUCAGGACAUGGCCGAGAGAGAGAAAAGGAAUUAAUUCGAUUCGGCGUGAAUUCGUUGGACGACUCUGUCAUCGGUCAGGCUGUUGUUAUGCUGCGGUUCGUCAAGGGCGGUGCAGAGAAAGGAGGCAACGGCUUCUUUGUUAAUAUCCCGGGCCAGGAUAAGGCCGUCAUCUUCACUGCCGCGCACAACCUGAUUGACGUGGAUGGAACGAGGACAACAAAGUUUCGAGCGUGGUGGCAGGGAGCGGACCGCUGGGCCCAGAUUGAAGAGAAAGACACUCACAUUAGUAGCGUGUAUUCCAAGACACCAACCAAGGAUUCUGCAAUUGACGACUUUGGUAUAAUUCUUGUGGACAGAAACAGCACCCCACCGCCUCCAACAACGGCGUUUGGGUUUGCGCUCCGACUUGGAGAGGAGGACAGAAUUGACGGUCUUUGUAACGUGUCCAGCUACUUAGUUUCAGCUCAACAGGGCGACAAGCCCACCAGAAGCACUGGCAAUUUUAUCAACCCACUGCUGAAGGAACAUCAGCUAGAGUACUUGGUGCCUACUGAAGCUGGUGUCAGCGGCUCCGUUGUCUGGGUGGGAUACAACGGGAGCCCUGUGGCUGUAGCAGUCCACAACUAUGGCCCGAAGAGAAAGAGCCCGAAAUAUGGUAGUCUUGGCUCUCGAAUCAAUCUCAAGAUGAUGAGAGAGAUACUCGAGUGGACAGGCGUUUACCAUCGCGCCACCAAGAUUGUAGCCCAGCCUUUGGGCAAGAAACAAGCAGCUCCACCGCACCCUCUGACUUUAACAUGGUCUGAUGAUGACAAAAUCUUCCGGGUACAUGUUCAGGACGACGCAGACCCAAGCGACAAGCCGGAUGAGUCCGUCUUCGAGGCACUGCCCGUGUUCUCCUCCGCCAUGCUCCAGGGCAAGGAGCCAAGGGUGGAGUUCGGAUUCGCACAGCCAAGUCACAGAACCGCGGAUAAACCUGGAGCUGUUCGUUGGGUAUCAUGGAACACUGAGUGGGGAUCAGCAGGCAUGUCCAGUAGCCUGGGUCGAGCACGACUUGCCCGAUUGGAAAAGAAGGGAACUUCUUCGACUAUUUCCCUCAACUACCAGGGCAACGUAUUGGACGUCGUGUUUCGGACUGAUCGAGAGGUACUGGAUGAAUGGGAACUAAAGUUCCCGGGUAGUGACUUCUCAGGUGUUGCCUACCAAACUCGCGGAACUCAGGAUUUUCAGAAGUGUUGGGAUGGAUUCAAACGUGGAAAAAUUAAGUCACGCUCACUCAACUCAUUUCAUCAUCUUUCAAUUGCCCUAGAGGUUAUCUUCUUUUCUUUUACCAUGCGUGUCUCCUCCAUUUCUCUGAUUGCGGCCCUGGCUGGUUCCUCGACCGCAUUGUACCUGAAGUCUACUCCCGAUGGAACAAUUGAAGCCUCCAGCCAUCUUGUCAAGAGACAAAACGAGAGCGGUUGGAACCCCCCGAGUAAUAUUGCUGCCCCGUUGAAAGAAGUGUGGGAUCACGUCUCGAGCACUUACAAUGGAGGAAACAUCUUUGCCUUCAAAAAUUAUGGCUGGGAUCAAAUCAUGGCCAAUAAAGGACAAAUCAAUUACUGCGUUCGUUGGGAAUCAACUCAAACAGUCUCCGAGGCACUCCGCACCCAGAUAGAGGCCAAGGCUCAAGAGGCAUAUGAUGACUGGUUCACCUGGGUCUAUGGAUACAAUGGAUUUCCAUUCAGCAAUAUCAAGGUUAAAGUAGUCGGCUGGGCCGUCAGCGACAAGAGCCUUCUUCAAGGCUCAACUGAGGGAAUUCAGGUCUACACGGACAAGGACUCUGAGGGGAUCCCUCAAUGCGCACCGGCCUGUGGUCGAUUCUUCCACCAGGAUGGCGACUACUCGGGAUGCUCCGCUGGUGCUGACAACCACUAUGACCAGUCUCUAUGGAUCUCGGAAGAUUUUGGAGGCGGCGCCGGUGGCGACUGGGGCCAGCGCAUUCAGAAGAGUAUUUUUGACCGGGAGAUCCAGGCUCGUCCUAUGACUUAUAUGCAGCAUGAAAUGGGACAUAGUUUCGGUAUGGAUGACUACUGGAAGCCAACUGGUGCAGGCGCCUUCAUCAUGGAUGAGGGCUUGGAGAUUGUUGACUUCGAUGGGUGGAUGUUCCGCAACUUUUGGUAUGAGCUCAAACAAAACCGUGGGUGGUAA